AAAAAACUUAGUUCGAUUUGAGUGUUUUGGUUGGGGUGUUUGCCAAAAUAAUUCCUAACUUGCUCAGUAAUCAUUAAGUACAUUGUUCGCUCUGCACUUUGAGAUGAUUUUCUCUAGGGAGUACUCCUCCUCCAAGGCGGGAUGAGCGUUUGACGCGACAGUGACAUUCUGUCAUUCUCGUACUGUCUCAAAAGACGAAUUCGAAGCAUGCCAAAACAAAUCAAAUGCACACACUCAGCACACAUGAAAGACCUAAGCCGAGUUCAGACAAUGCCUAGAGACACAGCGAUCCUUUGUUCAAGGUGAAACACAUGACUGGUCAGCGCCAAAACAAACUUUUGAAUUCGUCUAACGGUCUAUACGAGAGUAGUGUCUGACUGUGUGUCGAGUGUCACUGUAAGUGAGUGCGAGUGUUACUGUAUGGAGGCCUUGGCCGAGGCCCUAUACAAAGUAAUGAUAGGUAAAGUGCAGCUCUAGUGAACUCGCACAAGGGUUGACAUGGUGGGGAGACCAACCAAACCCCCGUCCUUCUGGUAUGUUUCAUUCUUGAUCGCUUUGUGACAAGACAGACAUCAUAGGACGAUGAUGCCAUCUAGUUGAUUGUAAGUUCCACAUUUUGGGGCAAGAAACUUAGGAAGUCUAAUGAUUGAAGCCGAUUAAAGGUUUGCCUUUCACUAGAUACAUCUGUCUAGCAUGUCUAGGGAGCAGUGACCAACUCGGGAUGUUGAGAUUAAAUGUGAAGUUCAACGCAAGCACCACCUCUUUGUCAGUGAAUGAGGGAGAGGAUAUUCCAGCGAUCAAAAAGAAGAUCAGCGAAAAGAUUAGUUGUCUGGAUGAUGAGGAGAUCUGUAUCAUCUUUGCUGGAAAAGAACUUGGAGAACAUGCAUCACUUCAGGCUUACUGUGUCCAAGAGAACAGUGUGUUGCAUGUCGUCAAGAGAAAGUCUAAUAGUGUACUAAAAAACCCCAGUGAACUAUCAUAUGGAGCUGCAGCAAUGCCAGCAGCAAAUAGUGACCUGAGGAUUCCAGCAGGUCAUGGUAAAAAUCAGUAUUUUGUAUUCUGUAAGUCUUCCUGUAAGACGAUCAAGGGAGGGAGACUUCGUGUAAGAUGUGCCUCCUGCAAGCAAGGGGCAUUUACUCUCAAUCGGGAGCCAUCCUGUUGGCAUGAUGUCCUUACUCCUGGUGCUAUCUCUGGUGAUUGCCUCCUGGAAAACUGUGAUGGGAACAAGGCUGAAUUUUACUUCAAAUGCUCUGGCCAUGUGUCGGAGGACACAGAGGAGACAGCUUUGGUUCUGCACCUGAUCAAGCCAAAUAUAAUGGAUGUCCCUUGUAUCACUUGUAUGGAUACAGUAAGUCCUGUCCUGGUCUUCCCCUGUGAAAGUGGUCACAGUAUGUGCCUGGACUGCUUUGCUACCUACUGCAUCACAAAGCUUAACGAAAGAGCUUUUAUACAUAGUGAGGAGUUGGGAUAUACUUUACUAUGUCCAGCUGGAUGUGAUAAGUCUCUGAUAAAAGAGAUUCACCACUUCCGCAUUCUUGGAGCAGACGACUAUGACCGUUACCAGAGAUUUGGGACAGAGGAGUGUCUCCUGAAGAUGGGUGGGGUGCUGUGUCCCAGGCCUGGGUGUGGGCAAGGGCUGCUACAUGAGGAGGGCCAGAGACGAAUUGAAUGUGAAAGUGAAGGUCUACGAGGUUGUGGUUUUGUGUUCUGUCGGCACUGUCUCGAAGCAUAUCACGAAGGGAGCUGCCAGUCGAGGAUUGAAGCUGCUAGUUCUUUAAUGAAUGAGUUUCGAGUUGAUCCUGAGCAUGCAGUGAGAGCACAGUGGGAGGCCGCCAGCCAACACACAAUACAUGACACAACUCGUCCUUGUCCGAAUACUGCCUGUAAAGUAAGAGUGGAGAAAAGUGGUGGCUGUAUGCACAUGGUAUGUCCACGGUGCAAGUUUGACUGGUGUUGGCUUUGUCAGACGGAAUGGAAUCUAGACUGCCAAGGAGAACAUUGGUUUGGCUGAGAGAUGGUGCAAAGUCAAUGCCAGAGUAGACCCAGCCAACACUACAGGGUGUCCCAGAAAAAACCUAAUCCUGAAGUAAUGGGAUAAUAUGACCAAG